AUGUGCAAGCUUCUCUUCCUCAAGAACCGCCAGUCACUCCCGCCAGGCCCUAUGCCCAUGCCAAUAAUAGGAAAUAUCUAUGAAAUACUCAAGAAAUCACCUAUGGAAUGCUUCCAAAACUGGCACAAUGAAUACGGCCCAAUCAUUACUCUCCGCUAUGCUCAGCGUCUGGUUAUCAGCAUCGGAUCUUACGAAAUUGCUCGCGACUUAUUGGACAAGCGAGGUGCCAUCUACAGCUCAAGACCUCGACUUAUCAUGGCAUCAGAGCGUAUGACGAAUGGAAUGAAUCUAGCCAUCAUUCCUUACAACAAAAGAUGGCGGAUUCAUAAUCGAAUAACCACAUCGCUGCUAGACAUGGGCGCUAUCAAACGAUACAGGCCUUUAGAGGAUCGUGAAAGCAAACAAGUUCUUUUUGAACUCUUAUCAUCUGAUGACUUCUCUAAAAGCUUGGCUCGGUUUUCGGCCAGCUUGGUUCUUACACUGGGCUAUGGAAUGCAUCUAGAGCGAAAAGACUGCGACGAGCCAAGAGAGCUGGAAAGAAUUGAUGCGCGUCCCUUUGAGGCUUUGGGCAGCAUGUACUGCCUGCUAGUUGAACUGUUUCCUGUGCUCGAUCAUACCCCAAGAUUCAUGGCUCCAUGGAAGUGGCUUGCAGCUGAUGUAGAGCGUCAAACAACUGCAUUGCACAUGAAACACUUACAAACCGCCAAAUCAACCUUGAAAUGGAAUUGGGUCCUUGAAGCCAUGGGAUCAGAUUCCGGAAAGCAGCUGCCUGACAAAGAACUCGCUUAUAUGAUUGGAACGCUUGAGCAGGCCGGAUUUGAAGCAAUCCUCACUGUUACACGCUUACUCAUCAAGGCAAUUGUUUUACAUCCUAAAUGUAUGGAAUCAGCUCAGAACGAACUUGACCGAGUUGUUGGUUCUGAUCGACUCCCCUCUGCUGAAGACCGACCCCGUUUGCCUUAUGUCAAUGCCAUGAUUGAGGAAGCAAUGAGAUGGCAACCUCCCGCACCCUUCGCCUUACCGCAUGCCAACACGGAGGAUGAUGAAUACAUGGGAUACCACAUCCCAAAAGGCACUAUGAUAAUUCCAAAUAUAUGGGUUAUGGCGUUCAACCCCCAGGAAUUUCCCAAUCCGUAUCAAUACAAACCUGAACGAUGGCUGGAGGGUCCCAGUGUGCAGCACAAUUCCUUCGGGUUUGGCCGAAGGCUCUGCCCUGGGAGACAUUUGGGAUACAGUAGUGUUUUCCUUGUGGUUUCUCGACUUCUUUGGGCAUACAAUAUUUCUCAUGCGUACAGGGAUGGAAAAAAGAUUGAGGUCGACCCGUGGGACCUAAAAUUCACGUUUGCAGCAGUCUCUGGACCGUUUGAAGCCUCUUUUCAGGUGAGAAGCCCAAAACACCAGGAAAUUAUUGAGAAGGAGUGGGCGGCGGCGAAAGAUAUUGAUAGUAUCCUGGAUGAAAUAAAACCCGAAACAUGUACUUAG